CAGACUGUUCUGCAGCUCAGAGUGAAAACAGAGUAUCAGAACCAACCAGUGACUCUCAGCUCCUCUCUGCAGUAAAUCCAGACGGUUCUGCAGCUCAGAGUGAAAACAGAGUAUCAGAACCAACCAGUGACUCUCAGCUCCUCUCUGCAGUAAAUCCAGACUGUUCUGCAGCUCAGAGUGAAAACAGAGUAUCAGAACCAACCAGUGACUCUCAGCUCCUCUCUGCAGUAAAUCCAGACUGUUCUGCAUCUCAGAGUGAAAACGGUAAAGUUCAUCAGAGUCCCAGCACUUCUUCAGAACAAGAUUCUAGUAACGUGGAAUCAAAUGAAGCAUCUAGUUUCUCCACCUGGAGUGAGGACAACAUCUCCGUAACAGACAGAAACUCUUCAGACAGUAGCUCCUGCACUAAAGAAGACUCUGAGGCACGUAAACCAGUGAAGAGAACAUGCCAUUCUAGUGGUGUGGUGAACGAACCAUCUGAUUUGUCCAACUUAUGUGAUGAAAACAACCCGGGGACUGAGAUCAGCCCUUCAGACGGAAACAAAGACAUGAACAUCCAAACAGACUCUGGGGCUCAUUAUCCAGCUAAGAGGAUCUGUCAGAGGGUGCAGAUGACUUCACCAGAGGUUGUGUGCAGUAGGGUGACUACCCCAUCAGCAGCUCCAAGCUCCACACACGUCAUACCGAUGUCUGUAACCGACAGUAGAAGGUCUAAGAAACGGUGUUGUCGGUACUGUGGAAAGGCUUAUGUUAAAAUCGCGAGACACCUGCGGAUUGUGCAUCGGGAUGAAGUGGAUGAGGUCAAGGCCUUCAGCUUCAGAAAGAAGUCCAGAGAGAGAAAAGUCUUAAGUCUUCUGAAUAAAAAGGGAGGCUUUGUGCGUAAUGCUGCCGUAGCAAGACGUGGGAGUGGAGAGAUGGCCUCCUGUUCCCGUCCCAAAGUGCCAGGAUCCACUCGACGUUACACCCACUGCUUGCACUGUCAAGGUCUGUACAUUCGAAAGUCACUACGGAAGCAUAUCAGAUACUGCCCUCUGAACCCCAAAGCUGAAAAACCAAAACCUGGACCAAAGAUGAGGAUUCAGUCAGCAAUGGCGUUUAAGAUGUGUCCUCAACCCGACUACGUCAGCACAGGUCUUUGGAAGAUCGUUUGUGGUAUGAAGUCCGGCCGAGUUUCAUUUGUGGUUAGAAAUGACAAAUGUAUCCUCCUCAUGGGAGAGGAGCUGUACAACAAACUACAACCAGAUGACAGAAGAAACAGAUACAUUCAACAAAGAAUGAGAGAGGUGGCAAGACUCCUCAUCACGGCCAGGACGUGUACCCCUCUGAUGUGCUUUGAGGACUUGGUCAUACCUAGUAAUUUACCUCACGUCAUCACGGCAGUGAGAGCUGUUGCUGGCUACAACGAGGAGAACAAAACGUACGACCGUCCGACGCUGGCUGUUCAAAUGGGAUACAACUUAAUGAACAUUGGCAGAGCUGUGGAAUCCUGUGCAUUGACGUCAGGACGACACAAAGUCGCGGAGUCUGCUGGCAAAUUCAAAAGUUUCAAGUGGAAUGAGGUUGUUUUGGCUGGAGCACUGUCCACUCUCAGUGAACCCCAAAAUAAAUGUCCACAGCCGACCCCUGUCACACAGGCGCCUGGCCAGCCGACCUGUUGCACACGCACCCAGCCGACCCCUAUCACACAGGCGCCUGGCCAGCCGACCUGUUGCACAGGCACCCAGCCGACCCCUAUCACACAGGCGCCUGGCCAGCCGACCUGUUGCACAGGCACCCAGCCGACCCCUAUCACACAGGCGCCUGGCCAGCCGACUUGUUGCACACGCACCCAGCCGACCCCUGUCACACAGGCGCCUGGCCAGCCAGGACCUGUUGCACAGGCACCCAGCCGACCCCAUCACACAGGCGCCUGGCCAGCCGACCUGUUGCACAGGCACCCAGUCACCCAGCACAGCGACCCAGCACAGGCACACAGGCACCCAGGCGACCCGUCGCACAGGCACCCAGCCGACCCGUCGCACAGGCACCCAGCCGACCCGUCGCACAGGCACCCAGCCGACCCGCCGCACAGGCACCCAGGCACCCAGCACAGGCACCCAGCCGACCCGUCGCACAGGCACCCAGGCACCCAGCCAGGCACCCAGGCGACCCGUCGCACAGGCACCCAGGCACCCAGGCCGACCCGCACAGGCACCCAGGCACGCCAGGCACCCAGGACCCGCCGCACAGGCACAGGCACAGGCCAGGCGACCCGUCGCACAGGCACCCAGGCGACCCGUCGCACAGGCACCCAGGCGACCCGUCGCACAGGCACCCAGGCGACCCGCCGCACAGGCACCCAGGCGACCCGUCGCACAGGCACCCAGGCAGGCACCCAGCCGACCCGUCGCACAGGCACCCAGCACAGGCACCCAGGUCGCACAGGCACCCGUAGCACAGGCACCCAGGCGACCCGUCGCACAGGCACCCAGGCGACCCGUAGCACAGGCACCCAGGCGACCCGUAGCACAGCACAGGCACGUACCCGGCCGCACAGGCACUCCAGGCGACCCGUCGCACAGGCACCCAGCCGACCCGUCGCACAGGCACCCAGCCGACCCGUAGCACAGGCACCCAGGCACCCAGCCAACCCAAAGAAACCCUGUGAGAUUAAAGAGGAUCGUUGA